AUUCUGGAUCCCUCCGUCAUCCAGAACUACCGUCCUUUUUCUCUUCUCCCUUUUUUUAUCCAAAACAAUUGAAAGAGCUGCUUCUAACCAACUCUCCUCUUUUCUCUUGCAGAACAACCUCCUAGACCCCCACCAGUCCGGCUUCAGACCUGGCCACUCGACAGAGACUGCACUCCUCUCGGUCUCCACUCGCAUCUCUGCUUGCCUGAGGGACAUCCAGAGCUGGAUGGAUAACCACCAUCUUAAGCUGAACCCAGGUAAGACAGAGAUGAUCUUCAUUCCUGCUCCAUCCUCUAACCUCCUUGACUUUUCUAUUUCCCUAGGGGACACCUUGGUGUCAUCAUUUCCCACUGCCAACAUCGCGGCGGUGAGUCGAACGUGCAGGUUCUUCCUGUACAACAUCCGGAGAAUCCGUCCCUUCCUCACCACCUACGCAACCCAACUCCUGGUUCAAGCGAGGGUCCUGUCCCACCUGGACUACUGCAACUCGCUGCUGGUUGGUCUGCCAGCAUACGCCAUCAGACCCCUGCAGCUCAUCCAGAAUGCUGCAGCUCGUCUGGUCUACAACCUCCCUAGACAUUCCCAUGUCACCCCCCUGCUCACUGACCUCCACUGGCUGCCUGUUAUGGCUCGCAUCAAAUUUAAGACUUUGGUGCUUGCAUACCAGGCGGCUAAGGGGUCAGCACCAGGAUACAUCCAGAGGAUCAUCAGACCCAACACACCCGCCAGACCUCUCCGUUCUGCCACCUCUGGACGCUUGGCACCUCCCCCUCUUCGUGUCUGUAUUUCCCGUUCGCGUCUGCUGUCUGUCCUGGCCCCUCGCUGGUGGAAUGACCUUCCCCUGGCAGUCAGAACAGCAGAGAAUCUGACAACCUUCAAGCGCAGACUAAAGACUCAUCUCUUCAGGCUGCACCUCUCCUCACCCCUCGCUAGCCUCUAGUUUAGCUCUACUCUAUUUACCUCAAUGUACCUAGUUAGGCUAAUGCGAUCUCGUUUUGUAUUUCGCAGAAUUGUUUUUUUUUAAAUUCUGAUUAGGCAAAUGUGAUUUCAGUGCUAGUUUUGAACUUGGCAUGAUUGUUUUGUUUAUUUGCUCAACAGGUUACCCUACAGGGUUGGAGUCCUGAUCUAUGUGGUCACUUCUGGCACUGCGAUCUUUACUUCACUCUAGUGUGUUUUUCUGCACCUCUGCACUUUGAACUGAUGCACUUGUUGUACGUCGCUCUGGAUAAGAGUGUCUGCUAAAUGCCUGUAAUGUAAUGUAAUGUCUUUGGACUGUGAUAGGAAACCCCUACAGACACGGGAAGAACAUGCAAACUCCACAUAGAAAGGCCCUGACCAGG